AUGGCCACCAGUACUCCGCAGUGGCCACCGGCGUCGCCGGCGGUGCACCAGUUCCUCACCGCGGCCCUCUCCCACCGCGGCCCCGCAGCCCUUCCCUACGCGGACGACGCCAGGUGGACAAUCCACCACCACCUCGCCGCUCUCUCCCACGCCUUCCCCUCCCUCCGCCUCGACGCCGGCUCCUUCACCCACAACGAUGGCCGCGCCGCCUUCCUCCUCCGCGCCGAGGGCCCUCUCCCCCUCGCCGCCGCCUCCUCCGCCGUCGCCGGCAUCCACGUCACCAUGUGGCUCCUCGAAGCCUACCCCUGCGCGCCGCCGGCAGUCUUUCUCACCUUCCCGCCCGGCACCGCAGUCAAGCGCCGCCACCCGCUGGUGGACCCCUGCGGCGCCGUCUCCGUCCCUUACCUCCGCGAGUGGCUCUUCCCCUACCACAACCUCGUCGACCUCGCCGGCUCCCUCGCCCGCCUCUUCUCCCAAGACCCCCCUUUCGCCGCCUCCCCCCGCGAUCUCACCGCCGACGUCGCCAAAAAAGCUCUGCUUGACCUCGAGGACAUGCAACAGAGCACCGCCUUGGAAACAGAGUCGUUGCUAGCCACGCAGACGCUGCUGAGGCAGCGGCGGGAGGAGCUCCGCCGGGGGUCGCGGGAGCUGGAGGCGGAGUUGGAGCUGCUGGAGCAGCAGCUGCAGAUGGUGCGCAUGAACACCGACGUGUUGGCAAGCUGGCGGCCGCCGUCAGCGAGGCCAGAAGUGAAGAACAUCGACGAAGUGCUGGUGGCGGCGGACCCGCAGUCGAGGAGGGCGUUGGAGUGCACGGCGGCGGACAUGGCGGCGGACGACGUGAUGUACGCGCUGGACGAGGCGCUGAGGGAGGGACGCGUGGCGAUCGCGGACUACUUGAAGAGCGUGCGGGCGGCGGCGAGGGAGCAGUUCUUCCAUCGAGCCAUGGCCAUGAAUUCUGCAGUGUAG